CAAUAAUAACUAUGUGUUCUCUAGUUCUCAGCAGUUUCUCAAGAUGGCGUCUAACACGAGGAUUGUUGUGAUACUCUUUAAGUGUUUAUUAUUAAUUGCGUGCCCAAUAGUCAGUUAUAGCGCAGAAGAGGAAUGUGAAGAGUAUACGGAUGAUGUGAAGUGCAUAAGUGAAUAUCGUUUGUCACCCGAGGUCGUACCAGUACACUACGACAUUUUGUUACACUUAUUUUAUUAUGAUUUUCUUGCACCGUAUCAAUUUAGCGGUAGAACUAAUAUUACUAUCAAUAUUCUUUAUGCCACGCAAAACAUACGUUUGCACAAACAUAAGUUAAAUAUACGCGAAGUAAACAUAACUCUUGCAAACGGUACGCUUACUCGGCCGAGUGUCCAAGGGCAUCCAAACUCGCACGCUCUAGUUCUUUACUUCGAUUUCACGUUGUUUCCCGGGAUCUACACUCUACAUUUUUUUUACAUCGGUCGGUACUCUCAUGAAGGUGAGGAAGGUCUUCUCAGACUUCCUCUUACAAAAUUGGAAAAUAAUACCAAAUCGAUGUUGGUAACGCAAUUGGGCAAGACUGCAGCUCGUCGUGUGUUUCCAUGUUUUGAUGAGCCUAAGUUAAAAGCCACUUUCAACAUUUCCACAUCAAAUCAUAUACAAUAUGAGAUUUUCUCAAACAUGCCAAUACUAACCAAACGUUAUGAUGUGAAGAAUUCUGAGGUGUGGACCUACUUCGAGAAGACUCCCUUAAUGUCUACUCACCACCUCGGGAUUGUGAUGACCAUAGCGCAGCGUUGUAAUAGCGAUACCAAAUACCAAAUACGGUGCAAAAAUCUUGAAACUUUCAUACCGCACCGGAAUAUCGGUCUGCAAUACCAUUGGAUCGACAAUCUCUUGACCAAAUACACAAAUACUUCCUUAAGACUUCCCAAGAUUGAUAUCAUCAUUUUACCAGAUUACGCAAUUUCAUCAUCGAGUAACUCGAGUAGUUGGGGAAUUAUAUAUAUGAAAGAGUCAUUGGUUACGAAUAACACAAUUCAAAAACUCAGGCAGACAGACUUCAUAGCACAUGAAAUGGCGAAGCAAUGGUUUGCUCAUGUUGUUGGUCCAACUUGGUGGUCUGAUGUAUGGUUAACUGAUGCACUUGUUCUAUACUUCAAAGCGUACAUCUUUAACCUGAUGUAUCAAAGCUUGCACACGAUGGAUUUUCUAGUGCUCAGCCUACAGAAAUGUAUUCAUUUAGAUGAUAUUCGAUCAAAAAAAGAUAUAUUUUAUUAUACUGCAAAUACUUAUGAACCAGAUUUUAUUGAAACUUUUAGUAUUGCUGACAAAAGAUUUGUCCUAUUGCAUAUGUUGGAAAAUAUGAUUACUGCUAGUGUAUUCCAGAAUGGGGUCAGACUCUAUUUCGACAAACAUCAAUUUGGUUCGGCUACUUCUCAUGAUUUCUGGGACGCCAUGCAAAGUGCCCUAAACACAAGAAAUGUUACAUACAAGUUUGAGAUAAAAGAAGUAAUGCGUAACUGGUUAAAUCAAACGAUGUAUUCUUUGAUAAAAGUGAAACGAAAUUACAAAACUAAUCAAGUAAUAAUAUCGCGACAUGACACCAAGAAAGUCGACAAUAGGACGGAGACACCUCUGUCUUACGUUGUGCAGUCGUUUCCCGAUUUUAAUCAAACUAUGGCUCAUCAUUGGCUAAAAAAGGACUAUAUUCAUUGGCUAAGAAGUGACACGGCUCUAGUAGUUCCAGUUGCUCAACAUGAUUGGGUUAUAGUUAAUAUACGACAAGGCGGAUAUUAUCGUGUUAAUUAUGAUAAUACAAAUUGGGAGAAAAUCGCGGCUGGUUUAAAUUAUGAUGACUUUAAAAAAAUACACGUUAUUAAUCGUGCACAAAUCAUUGACGACGCCUAUUAUUCUAUAGUAAAACGACAGCUUGAUGUCUUUACAUUUUUACAUAUUCUAAGAUAUUUACCGAAUGAAGUGGAGUAUAUGCCAUGGGUACCCGUGUUCCGAAUUUUUUCAUACCUGUGGAAAUUCAUUGUCUAUGAACUAAGUAAUGUACCGCUGAUUUUACGGAGUGUAAAGACAAAUAUAUUGGCCAUUUUGAAGGAACUUCUUAGAAACAUAGGAUACGAAGACGAUCCUGACAAUGAUGGUAUUACAAUGUUGAUGAGAGCAACCGCCUUAAAAUGGUUGUGUGCUUUCGGUGAUAGUUCUUGCAAAGAAAGGGCAUCUCGUAUAUUCAACGCGCGUAUUAAAAAUCCCGAUUUGCAAAAUGCGCUUAUAUUUCCGUGGGAAAAAUGGAUAUAUUGUACUGCCUUAGAGAAGGCGGAACGUGAUAUUUGGGAUAAAGUCAUGGCCUUAUAUGGAAAAAGGCGUCAGACUGAAGUUUUAGAAGUAUUAACUUGCACGAAAAAGUCGGAAAUCGUUAAGGACUAUUUCGUCAUGCUAUCGAAAUCAGUGGAAGGAGUCGAUACAGAGAAGGCAUUAGUCAGAUGGAGUCAACAUUCUCACAUUUUUGAUAUACUUAUUUCAAAGUAUGCACAAAACAAUGAAAUACGUGAAUAUAUAUUACAAAAUUUCGAAAAAGUGAAACCUAGAUCGUAUUCUAGAACUAUGGUGAUAAAGGAGAUUAUUUCAAACAUAUAUUCCAAGAAACAACUUAACGAGACAUACAAUUUUUUGAAGAAGGAUGGUAAAGUCAGGACAGAAGAUUUAACUACAAUGAUAAAUACGCGUUUAACCCAGCUCCAGGAUAUGAAGUCCAGCUUUGUAUACAACUUUUCCUAUGUAUUGUCUAGUUCUCACCAGACUCUCAAGAUGGUGUCUAACACGAGCACUGCUGUGAUACUCUUAAAGUGUUUAUUAUUAAUUGCGUGCCCAAUAGUCAUUUAUACUGCAGCACAUGUUUGUGAAGAGUUUACGGAAGAUGAGAAGUGCAUAAGGGAAUAUCGUAUGUCACCCAGCGUCGUACCAGUACACUAUGACAUUACGUUAUACAUAUACAUAGAGGAUUUUUAUGAACCGUAUAAAUUUAGCGGUGGAACUAAUAUUACUAUCAAUAUUCUUCAUGCCACGCAAAACAUAAGUAUUCACAGAAAUAACAUAAUUUUCAUCGAAUUAUACAUAAUUCUUGAGAACGGUACGCAUUUUGAGCCAAGUAGAUAUAGAUAUCCAAACGCGGAGGUUUUAACUCUUUACUUCAAUUUCACGUUGUUGCCCGGGACCUACAUUCUACAUGCUUUUUACGACGGUUACUUCUCUCUACAAGGUGGGGAAGGUCUUGUCAGACUUCCUCUUACAAAAUUUAAUGAAAAUAAAACCAAUUGGAUGAUCGUAUCGCAACUCGGCAAGAGGGGAUUUCGUCGAGUGUCUCCAUGUUUUGAUGAGCCAGCGCUGAAAACCACUUUCAACAUUUCCGUGAAACAUUAUUCACCACACACGGUCUUUUCAACCAUGCCAUUACAAAAGGUAGUGGUUAAUAACAGGAUAGAGAUGCAGUCUUACUUCGAAAAGACUCCCAAAAUGUCUACUCACCUCCUCGGGCUUGCAAUAGUCGUAACGGAUCGUUGCAAUAACGACAAUAGUUUCCGCAUAUGGUGCAGAGAGCCAACUAACCAUUUCCUACAGAGUUUCAGCCUGCAAUAUCAUUCGAUCGUCACAUACUUAACCCAAUUCACAAAUACUUCCAGGAAACUUCCCAAACUUGAUUUCAUCAUUGUACCAGAUCACACAACACCGAAUAACUCGAUUAGCUGGGGAAUGCUGCUUGUGAAAGAGUCAUGGAUUACUGACGUUGAGAAGAACGAAAUUCAGAAAGUCAAACUGACAGGCUUCCUAGCACAUGAAAUGGCAAAGCAAUGGUUGCUUCCUUUUGGUCCGUCUAAGUGGUCCGACAUGUGGUUAAAUGAUGGACUUGCUCUAUACUUCAAAGCGCACAUCCUUGGCCAAUUGUAUGGAAAGUUGCAAAGUUUGGAUUUUAUUACGCCCAACGUGCACAAAUGUUUUCGUUUAGAUGAUAUUCGAUCAGAAAAGAAUAUAUUAUACUAUACCGAAAGUAGUAGUGAAAUAGAUCUUAUGGAAUUUUGGUUUGUUGCAGACAAAACACUUGUCCUGUUGCAUAUGUUGAAAAACUUGGUUACUGUCAGGGGAUUCCAGGAAGGGGUCAGAAUCUAUAUACAUAAACAUCAAUUUGGUUUGACUACUCCUGAUGAUUUCUGGGACGCCAUGCAAAGUGCCCUAAACACAACAAAGCUUGCAUACAAUUUUGAGGUGAAAGAAGUAAUGCGUAACUGGUUAAAUCAAACGAAGUAUUCUGUAGUAAAGGUGAGACGAAAUUACUUACUUGACCAAGUGAUAGUAUCCCAAGUAUCAAGAAAUGACACCAAGAAAGCCGACAAUAAGAUGUGGACACCUGUGACUUUUACUACGUCUUCCUUACCCGAUUAUUCUGAUACUAUGCCUACUCAUUGGCUCAGAAAUGACUAUAUUCAUUGGUUAAGAAAUGACACGGCUGUAGUAGUUCCAGUUGCUCCAAGUGAUUGGAUUAUGGUUAAUUUGCAACAAGGCGGAUAUUAUCGUGUUAAUUAUGAUGCUACAAAUUUGGAAAAAAUCGCGACUAGCUUAAAUUCUGACGAAUUUAAAAAAAUACAUGCCAUUAAUCGUGCACAAAUCAUUGACGACGCCUAUUACUUCCUAGUGGAAAAACAACUUGAUUACUAUACAUUUUUACAUAUCACGUCUUAUCUAUCGAAAGAAGUGGAUUAUACAGCAUGGUUACCCAUGUUCCGAAUUUUGUCAUACCUGUGGAAAUUCUUUUCACUUCCAUUGGAAGACCUUAGAGUUAUUUCGGUUUUAACCAAUUUUAAGUAUCAUAUAUUGGACAUAUUAAACGGGCUUCUUAAGAAAAUAGGAUACGAGGACAAUCCUGACGAAGAAUUUACUACAAGGCUGAUGAGGGUAACUGCUUUAAAAUGGGUCUGUACUUUUCGUGAUAGUGUUUGCGAAAACUUGGCAUCUCGUAAAUUUAACGCACGCAUUGCAAAACUCGAUGUGCAACAUACCUAUAUAGUACCGUGGGAAUAUUGGAUAUAUUGUACUGGCUUAAGGACAGCGAGCGUUGAUACUUGGAAUAAAAUCUUGAUCUUAUAUACAAAAACAUCUCAGGAUGUAGCUUUAGAACUAUUGACUUGCUCUGAAAAUACGCAUAUUAUUAUGGAGUAUUUCAGCGUAUUAUCUUCAGCAGUGAACACUUCAAUAAUCACACACGAUCAGCAUUCUCACAUUUUUGAUAUACUUAUUUCAAAGUAUGCACAAAACAAUGAAGUACGUGACUAUAUAUUACAAAAUAUGGAACAUGUACCUAGAUCGAACAGAUCAUAUUCUACGGUAGUAAACGACAUUAUUUCAAACAUAUAUUCCGAGGAACAACUUAACAAGAUGCUCGAUUUUUACGAGAGGAACACUGGAAAGAUAGAAUAUUUUAGAAUGAUACGUAUGCGUAAAAUCGAGGUUAGGGAAGUGAUACACAACUUUCUGGAACGGUUCAAGUUUUAAGUUGUGAAAAAGCAAUGGAUAGAUUCAACUGAAUAAUUACUCAAGUUGAUGGAUUGAACAGUUUUUAAUAAGAGUAUUGUAGUAUUACUUAUUAAUUAAAUAUCUAUUUUUAACAGGUUUGAUUAUGUCUGAUAUUAUUUAGUAUUCGAUCUAUAUUAUAUUAAUCUGAACGUUUUCUAUUAAAUAUAACUGUUGCUAUA